UAGAAAAUACUGAAUACUGACCUGAAAAAUGGUGUCCCAAAGGUUUUCCUUGACUCUACUUUUUCUCUUGGCAACCUUAAUCACAGUUGCUAAUGGAAACGACAAUAGAAAGCUAUUGACAUCUCACAAAUAUUCUCCUCCUCCGCCCCCGGUUUAUCCACCUCCCGUUACCCCUUCUCCUCCUCCUCCUCCUCCUCCUCGACCUCAAGCCGCUGCUUACUACAAGAGAUCUCCACCGCCGCCACCACCGUCUAAAUAUGGAAGAGUGUAUCCACCACCUCCUCCCGGAAAAUCUUGGUUGUGGUUCUUGAAGCUCUAAGAAGCAUGCAAGCGGCUCAGGAGAAGACAUUUUCUUUUUCUACCAUAUAUAUAGAUAUAUAUUAUUCACUGAUUAUCUGAAAGAAGUUUGCCUAAUUAAGAGUGUAUUAGCGU